AUGGCAGCUCGCAGAAUCUCAUCUCUUCUCUCUCGAUCUCUGCCUCUGAUCUCUAGCGAUGGGAAAAAAUCUUAUUUCGGCAGAAGAAUUUACCGGUACAGCACAGCUGCUGCUCUUGAAGAUCCAAUCAAGCCACCAGUUACAGUAGAAUAUGAUAAGCUUCUUAUCAAUGGACGGUUUGUUGAUGCAGCAUCAGGGAAAACAUUUAAAACUUUAGACCCAAGGACAGGUGAGGUAAUAGCACAUGUUGCCGAAGGUGAUGCAGAAGACAUCAAUCGAGCUGUAGCUGCUGCUCGUGAGGCAUUUGACGUGGGACCAUGGCCUAAAAUGACUGCUUAUGAAAGAUCAAAGAUAAUGUUUCGCUUUGCUGAUUUGGUCGAGAAGCAUAAUGAUGAAAUUGCAGCUCUCGAGUCUUGGGAUAAUGGAAAGCCAUAUGAACAAUCUGCCAACAUUGAAAUACCAAAGGUCGUCCGAAUAUUUCGUUACUAUGCUGGUUGGGCAGAUAAAAUUCAUGGUCUCACCAUUCCAGCUGAUGGUCCCCAUCAUGUUCAAACUUUGCACGAACCAAUUGGUGUUGCCGGUCAGAUUGUCCCAUGGAACUUCCCUCUACUCUUGUUUGCUUGGAAGGUUGGGCCUGCACUUGCAUGUGGCAACACCAUUGUUCUGAAAACAGCAGAGCAGACACCAUUAUCCGCUCUCCUUGUGUCAAAGCUAUUCCACGAGGCUGGCCUUCCUCCUGGUGUUCUGAACGUGGUUUCUGGCUUUGGUCCUACAGUUGGUGCAGCUCUUUGCAGUCAUAUGAAUGUGGACAAGGUUGCUUUCACUGGAUCGACGGAAACUGGCAAAGUUAUUGUUGAAUUGGCUGCCAAAAGCAAUCUGAAGCCCGUUACUUUGGAACUUGGCGGGAAAUCUCCUUUUAUAGUCUGUGAGGAUGCUGAUGUGGAUAAGGCCGUUGAGCUAGCUCACUCUGCUCUUUUCUUCAACCAGGGACAAUGCUGCUGUGCUGGAUCUAGGACAUAUGUUCACGAGAAAGUUUAUGAUGAGUUUGUGGAGAAAGCAAAGGCCCGUGCUAUGAAACGCACUGUUGGUGACCCAUUCAAGUCGGGAACAGAACAAGGCCCUCAGAUUGAUGCAGUGCAAUUUAAAAAAAUUCUGAGGUAUAUUAGAUCUGGUACGGAAAGUGGAGCAAAUCUUGAGGCUGGAGGUGAUAAAUUGGGUACAAAAGGCUACUACAUUCAGCCAACUGUUUUCUCUAAUGUCAAGGAUGACAUGCUCAUAGCAAAAGAAGAAAUCUUUGGUCCAGUGCAAUCUAUCUUGAAAUUUAAGGAUCUUGAUGAAGUGAUAAGACGGGCAAACAAUACUCAGUACGGGCUAGCUGCUGGAGUUUUCACUCAGAACCUCGACACUGCUAACACCUUGAUGCGAGCAUUGAGAGCUGGGACUGUUUGGAUCAAUUGUUAUGAUGUUUUCGAUGCAGCAAUUCCUUUUGGUGGUUACAAGAUGAGUGGAAAUGGAAGAGAAAAGGGAGAAUACGGUCUCAAGAAUUACUUGCAAGUGAAGGCUAUCGUUACUACUCUGAAGAAUCCGGCAUGGUUGUGA